AUUCUGUUACAUUCACCAGGGAUGCCUAGCAACCGCUCCCCACAUCUCGCGUUGGAGGCACAAAUCUCGCAUCACAUUUUGAACUGCGUAGCUACAGGGGCAUCUUGCGUUGUGUGGGGCAAACGAACCUCAACAUGGCAGAUGUUGAAAUUCUUGACGAUGAGCCUAAGCAAGAGGAAUCUACUGCAUCCGUCAUGUCCGAAUCCGAGGAGGCAUCUAUAGAAACACCCAAUGGCGUGAAAACGGAUCCUGAAGAAACUAAAUCCCCCAAAGAAAAGCAUGAUGCUAAAGAGAAGUCAUCCGGGAGCAGAAAAGGAAACCGCUACCAUCCCUACAAAGACAAACAUGGUGGAGAAAAGAAGGUUGCUCAUAGGAACCGGGUGUUCAUCAGCAAUAUCCCCUAUGAUAUGAAGUGGCAGGCAAUUAAAGAUCUAAUGCGUGAGAAAGUUGGUGAGGUUACAUACGUGGAGCUCUUUAAGGAUGCAGAAGGAAAGUCAAGGGGUUGUGGUGUGGUGGAGUUCAAAGAUGAGGAGUUUGUCAAGAAGGCGAUAGAAACUAUGAACAAACAUGACCUGAGUGGAAGGCCACUCAACAUCAAGGAGGACCCUGAUGGGGAACACGCUCGGCGUGUGCUGCAGCGCAUAGGAGGAGGUCAACCAGGAGGUCGUGGGCAGGACAUGGGGCCUGGUGGGAUGAACAUCCCUUCCUCCAUUUCCAACAACCCCAACAUCCCACCUGAGGUCAUCCAUGCACUGCAGGCUGGACGACUGGGCACCACAGUGUUCGUCGCCAAUCUUGAUUUCAAGGUGGGCUGGAAGAAGUUGAAGGAGGUGUUUGGUAUGGCAGGCAUGGUGAAACGAGCAGACGUAAAGGAGGAUAAAGAAGGCAAGAGCCGAGGGAUGGGAACAGUGACCUUUGAGCAGUCACUGGAGGCUGUGCAGGCCAUAUCCAUGUUCAAUGGACAGAUGCUUUUCGACAGGCAGAUGCAUGUUAAAAUGGAUGAGAAAUCUGUUCCCCCUGAGGAUUUCCGUCAAGUAGAAAAAACGCCCCAGUUACCACGGGGUCUAGGUGGUAUCGGCAUGGGACUGGGCCCAGGAGGGCAGCCUAUAAAUGCCAACCGUCUGAGUGGUGGAGGAGGGGGAGGAGGCAUGGGGUCCAUGGGGCCUGGAGGUAUGGAUGCUCAAGGUUAUGGUGGAAUGAACAGAGUUGGAGGAGGAAUGAGUGGUGGAGGUGGCUUUGGGGGCAUGGAUAACAUGGGCAGCAUGGGUGGCUUUAGAGGGAGAGACAUGGCGCCAGGUGGCAGGAUGGGAGAUAUGUACCGUUCAGGGAUGGCUGGAAUGGAUCGGGACUUUGGCCACAGUGACAUGCCAAUGAAUCGAGGAUUUGGAGAUUCUUUUGGAGGAAUGGGUGGAGGUUUUGGAGGAGGCAUGGGCAGUGGUGGCAUGGGGCACAUGGGGACCGGAUUAGGUGGUGGAAUGGGGAAUAUGUCGAUGGACCGGAUGGGCUCCAGCUUUGACCGUAUGGGCAUGUCUGGAAUGGACAUGAACUGUGGCUUUGGUGGUUAUGGAGGUGGGGGACCAGGCCACAUGGGUGGAGGCAUGUCUGACAGGGCCUCUGGGUCCAAAGGAGGCUGUCAGAUCUUUGUGCGAAAUCUCUCCUAUGAUCUGACAUGGCAAAAGUUGAAAGAGAAGUUCAGUCACUGCGGCCAGGUAAUGUUCGCAGAGAUCAAGAUGGAGAACGGAAAGUCAAAGGGCUGUGGAACAGUGAGAUUCGACUCUCCAGAGAGUGCUGAGAAGGCCUGCAGGAUGAUGAAUGGAACCAAGAUCAAUGGCCGAGAGGUGGACGUCCGUAUCGAUCGGAACGCCUAGAGCUGUUGAAGUCCCGCUAACACACUUCCACAUUCAGCCCUCUUGCCAAUGAUCUUUUUGUUUUGUUUUAAAAACACAAUUACUUCAUAUCUCCAUGUGUCCACUUUUUUUUGUUUUUUGUUUAUAUAAACUACAUAGCUCUUUUAUCUUUGUUUUGUAAACCCUUUUUGUCCGGCAGUUUAUUUGAACAAAUAAACUUUUUAAUUUUUAAACCUG